GGCCGGGGGCAGUCCGGGAUUUAGUUGGGGUGCUUGAUAAACGGACCCCAGGUACUGUUGCAAUCUUGGUAACAAAUCUCGGAUUCAGUGAAGGAGUUGAAACGGAAAUUAAAGAUCAUCCCCACGACAUGAGAUUAUAUUAUCUCAUAUAG